AUGUCUGCACUGGAGGUUAAAGUGUCUGAGGUAAAACAAGACCUAUUAAACCAGGCGGCUCAGAUGGAGGAGGCCGAGGUUCGCAUUGCCGAAGUAGAAAGCUCGCUCGAAAAAGCAGAAACGUCAUUGACUUCGGCAAUGAAACGAAUCAUGCUCCUUGAGGCUAAAACAGAUGACCUGGAAAACCGAGGAAGGAAUGGGACAACCAGGUACAAGGACAUCAUUUCUAAAAGUAGACUGAUCUGUUCAGGACCACCUGCAGUCUACCAGGUGAAACCGAAGAAGGAAAUUAUUGAGACUCUGACCAAACUGACAAUUGGAGAGAGAAAUUUAAACAAGGCAAAUAGAGCCAUUUUACUAGUUGGUGAAACAGGAGCAGGAAAAUCUUCUCUGGUCAACGCUCUGCUCAACUACGCAAUGGGAGUGAAGUUUGAGGAUGACAUCUGGUUUCAGAUUGUAGAUGAGGAGAAAAAAAAACAAACAACAAGUCUAACCUCAGAUGUGAUCAUCUAUCAGAUCUUUGGCUAUGAAGAUCAAAUUCUCCCUUUCUCUCUGACUAUCAUUGAUACUCCUGGAUAUGGAGAUACCAGAGGAAUCAAACAUGAUGCCAUCGUCAGUGAAAGAUUACUGGAUCUGUUUGCAGCAGAGGAUGGAGUUAUUGAGAUCAAUGCAGUCGCUCUGGUGAUGAAGGCCAGUGAUAACCGACUGAGUGACCGACUGCGUUACAUAUUUAAUUCAGUGAUGUCUCUUUUUGGGAAAAACCUUGAGAACAAGAUUGUAGUUCUCAUCACUCACUCAGAUGGACGAAAGCCUGAAAAUGUCCUUAAAGCUCUUGAGAAAGAAGGAAUUAGAAGUGCAAAAAACGAAGAAGAUGAGGCUGUUCAUUUCCUGUUCAACAACCGCCAGGAGGAUGAACGAACAGAAGAAGAUCCUGAAUAUCUGAAGCAUCUUAGCAAGAUAUCAGAGAGAGGUUUCAGAGCAUUCACAGAUUUACUGGAAAAAUCUGCUCCCCAAAGACUGAAGACAACAACUAAAGUUCUGAAGGAACGCAGAAAACUGACAGCCUCCAUCCAGGACCUGGAGGACAGAAUUAAAAAGAUUGAAUUGAAAGAGACAGAAAUCAAGCAGAUUAAAGAAGAUCUAAAGAGAGCUGAGGAUGAAAAUAAUCAUGUAGUGAUGAUGAAAGAGAAAAGAGACACAGAGAAGGUCAAGAAACUAGAGGAGAUGAAAAGUCGGCUGUAUGAAGGAACAGACUUCAUCCAACUGCCAAAUGUGAAAGGAGAUGAGAAAGAAAAUGACUAA